UCCUAAGGGGGCCUGUUCGCCAAGGUUGUUCAGAGCAGUUCUCUCUCACACAGCUGGGGCAAGGAAUUUCGGAGACCGGCCAGAGGCUGGGACCAGCUGGGAGCUGGGCGUAAUCAACCUAAUGUCCAUGUUUUUCUUCGGGUGACAGAGUUCUUUAUUUUGCAUAGAAUGGUGGGGAGGACCUGGAGGGGAGUUUUAACUCCAGGCUAUUUUGAGCUGUGUAACUUUCCUUCAGACUCUGUGUGUAAGAAUCUCUGAGGGUCCACUUCAUCCUCAUAUGGUCUCCUGGUCUCCUCCCUUGAAGUCGACACUCGUCUCAAGUCUCCUUCAGCUGAGUCUACUCCGCCUUAUGACUCAAAAUGUCUCACACGGAUUUGAUUUGUAACUCUAGUGUUUAAGCAUAAAGUACUCAUCUUCUGGCAAAAAAUGAAUCAUUUGAGCCUGACAGAAUGUGUCAAAAGAAAGCCACAGAGUUUGGACUGUGCUUUAUCAAAUUAGUGUAUUGAACUGUAAGCAUUAACACUUGUUCACUGUCCACUAUCUCUCCAAGCACUACACUAGAUGCAGGGAAUUUUAUGGUAGAUAUGAAGAAAUUUGUCAUCCAAGUUAUGUGCUAGCACUACCCCAGACCUGUGUCUUUCACAGAAAAUUUAGGGGGCAGCUAUGAUUAUCAUCACCCCCACUUCAUAAAUGAAAAACAAAAGAGCCUCACCCAAGUAUGUGCUAUGCCUAAAGUCACACAGUGGAUAAGUAGCAGAACAGAUUCCACAUUCCUUGAAAAACCUGGCUCCAAUAUCUGUUAUCUCUCUACUCUGCAGACAGCAGAGGAUAUUAAAAUACAGAAAAAGGAACUAGAAAGGCUGAUGAGAAAGAAAUGUGAUGGGAGAAGGAGGAGAGGCAUAUUGAGCCUGAUUUUGAGGGGAAGGAAUAUAGGAAAUAGGAAUGAAUGGGGUGGACAGUCCCUGAAAGGGGAAUACACAAAUGGAGCAUGAAUAUGGCAAAACGAUUUCCACACUUAGGGAAGAGCAUCUAUAACAGGGAAUAAUGAGAAAGGAGCGGUGAAGGAGGAGAGGGUGAAUCUACAAAGGCCUCAAAGCAGAGACGUUUAACACGGUAAAUUCACUAAAACGGAAAGUCUGAUUACACAAGUGUUUAAAAUGUUUCAGGGUAUGAAUGCCAAAUCGAUUGUUGGGUAGAAAAUAUAUUUAGAGACACUGAAGAAAAAAUUUCAAAUUGACUUCGGUCCAGUUCUAGCACUGUACCCUCAUACACCACAGCUCUGUCAAAAGAGGAGCAAGCUUGUGCUCUGGGCUUGUAGAUAUGAAACGUCCCAUACUUUUCUUUUCUUUCCUUCCCUAUAGGAUAUGCUUUCCUACAUCAAUCAAAACGGGCCGUUUACAGAAGGCAUCUUCAGAAAAUCAGGCAAUAUACAAUCACGCAGGGCCCUAAAGGAGAAACUAAACUCUGGGGACAAAGUGAACUUGGAUGAUGAAUCCAUUCUUGUGGUAGCAUCCACCUUAAAGGAUUUUCUUCAAAAUAUUCCAGGAAGCAUAUUUUCAGCCACUCUCUAUGAUAAAUGGCUUGAUGUUAUUGAUCAAGGGAAUGAGGAGGAGAAAAUAACUGCGACCCAGAGGCUUCUAGACCAGCUGCCAAGAGCCAAUGUAGUUUUUCUGCGAUACCUUUUUGGAGUGUUACACAACAUUGAGCAACAUUCCUCAUCCAAUCAGAUGACAGCUUAUAUUUUAUCAGUGUGUAUGACCACAAGCAUUCUUGGUCUGCUUAAUUCUGGCAGCACAGCAUUCGAAAACUUCACCAAGAAGAUUUCUUUCAUACAAUUUCUCAUUGAAAACUGUCUCAAGAUAUUUGGAGAAGAUAUCACGUCUCUCUUUGGACCGAAGUCAGUGAGUUGUGAUACCAGUGAUAGCACUGACGUCACUGAUAACAGUGAGAAGGUUGCAGACAAGAAGACAGUUAGCAAGAGUUCUGUCAAAACCUGGGCCUUUUGGUGUAGCUCCAGGACUCGCGAGGACAACCAACACCCACCUCUACCACCCACAAAGCCAAAACAGCUCUUUGGAGCUCCUCUUGAGGAUGUAUGUGAUAACGACAGCCUGCCCACCCCAAUUCUGAAUAUGCUUUCCUACAUCAAUAAAAAAGGGCUGUUUACAGAAGGCAUCUUCAGAAAAUCUGGCAAAAUACAAUCAUGCAGAGCCCUAAAGAAGAAACUAAAUUCCGGGGACAAAGUGAACUUGGAUGAUGAAUCCAUUCUUGUGGUAGCAUCCACCUUAAAGGAUUUUCUUCGAAAUAUUCCAGGAAGCAUAUUUUCAGCCACUCUCUAUGAUAAAUGGCUUGAUGUUAUUGAUCAAGGGAAUGAGGAGGAGAAAAUAACUGCGACCCAGAGGCUUCUAGACCAGCUGCCAAGAGCCAAUGUAGUUUUUCUGCGAUACCUUUUUGGAGUGUUACACAACAUUGAGCAACAUUCCUCAUCCAAUCAGAUGACAGCUUAUAAUUUAUCAGUGUGUAUAACCCCAAGCAUUCUUGGUCUGCUUAAUUCUGGCAGCACAGCAUUCGAAAACUUCACCAAGAAGAUUUCUUUCAUACAAUUUCUCAUUGAAAACUGUCUCAAGAUAUUUGGAGAAGAUAUCACGUCUCUCUUUGGACCGAAGUCAGUGAGUUGUGAUAACAGUGAUAUCACUGACGUCACUGAUAACAGUGAGAAGGUUGCAGACAAGAAGACAGUUAGCAAGAGUUCUGUCAAAACCUGGGCCUUUUGGUGUAGCUCCAGGACUCGCGAGGACAACCAACACCCACCUCUACCACCCACAAAGCCAAAACAGCUCUUUGGAGCUCCUCUUGAGGAUGUAUGUGAUAACGACAGCCUGCCCACCCCAAUUCUGAAUAUGCUUUCCUACAUCAAUAAAAAAGGGCUGUUUACAGAAGGCAUCUUCAGAAAAUCUGGCAAAAUACAAUCAUGCAGAGCCCUAAAGAAGAAACUAAAUUCCGGGGACAAAGUGAACUUGGAUGAUGAAUCCAUUCUUGUGGUAGCAUCCACCUUAAAGGUAAGGAAAGUUUGAGCCUUAUCCACACACAGAGGAAAUCUGAAGCUGUAUGACUGGUCCUUCUUUAUGACUGCCCAAGAAACAUAAGAGGCGUAAGAGAGGAAGGAUUUGAAAAAGUGAAAAACACUUCACAAAGCCAAAAUUGAAGGAAGGUACCCCAAAGAUGAUAAGCCCCACAUAUUAGAUAUUUUCCUUUUUCAUUGCACAUCUUGACUCCUGAACACUCCAUGCAAAAGAAUAAUAAUAAAUUUCGAAAUACACACUUACACAUAGAGUGUUUACCAAAACAAGCUUC